GAUCAUUUGACAAGAACAUGGCUCGAAUGAUUUCUACGUCGUUGCUAUGGAAAUAACGAAAUGCAACAACAGCCACAAUAUGGUUAAGUCAGGCCUAAGUUGAAUUUCCGUACGAGGGGAAAUUAUGAAUGACUUCGAUAGCUGGGACAAAGUUUUCGACAAAAGCAAAGCAUCAAAAGUUCCAGAAAAAUUUCCAGGUGACAUCAUUAACCCAGCACUUCAACUUGAAGAUGUUCUUGAAGAAGUAACUGACGAAAUCAAUGAAAAAGAUCAUUCCAGAAUCGAUAAUCAACAUGAACAGAGCGAGGUUACAGAUAAUGGGCAGCAACAUAGAACAAUAACAAACCAGGAAGCAACCAAGAAAGCAAGCGUACCAUCGGUUGUAAGUGAGAAGCAGAAUGGCGACCCCAAGCAAGUCUCUUUCUUCAAAAAACCUAUGCUUUACGAAGCUGCUCCCAAAAAAGUUGAAAAGCUUGAACAGCGCAAAGGAUUUUUUAGCAUCGAAACUCAAGAAAAAAGCUCUGAUUGGAUAAAGGAUAACGAUGUUAAGGAGCCAUCACAUGCACAAGAAUCCAUUGGUGAAAAAAAGCCAGAGAGUGAGAAAAAUCACAACAACAUUGAGUCUCUCGAGUCGCUCACAACAACAAUCGACAAACAAACAGUCAGUAACGAUGUUAAUAGGAAUCACCAAAUCGAAGGAAGGACAUACGAUGAGGAGAAUAACCUUACUGAAGAUAACCAGGAAGUUUACCUGACUGAUGCCAUCACAGGGAAGGGAAUUACACUUGAAGAAGCUAAGAAUUUGCGGUUCCUUCUCUUUGGAGAUGUGACCACUACAUUCAACGAGGACUGGACUAGAGUUCCCAUACGUCUCGAGAAGGCAGGAAGCUAUUCAAUGGCCUUUCCAAAGGGACCUACGGAGAAACUAAUUUCAUUCGUCCAGGCUUAUGUCCUGAAGCAUUUUUUAUUCGACGAGAAACUGAGUGAAGCUGGCAUAAGCUCAAAAAAGGAUGGGGAAUGUUACAAAUAUUGUCUGGUUUUGGCGAUUGUGGACAUGCUUUGGCAAGCUGGGAUGCAGCAGAAAGCCGUCGUUUGCUUACCAACCUGUUCCAAAGAUGCUUUCAGCUCAAUCGAUUUAAAAUUGGAUGGUCUGAUAGAAAGGCUGCAGCUAUAUGAAUUUCGCAAGAAAGAAGACCUUCAGACGUUUAUUGAAAGGAAUCUUAAGUUUUUAGAGAGGGAACGACAACCAGGAUGCAUUUUGUUGAUUUAUUCUUUAAUCAUGUCAAGAACAGUAGAAGGGGUAAACGAGGACAUUAAUAGCACGUAUAAUUGUUUGGUACAACAAGGAACCUGCUCACAGGCUCUUUCAAACCUGUUCCUUACUGGCAAAGCCGCCCCAAAUGUUUUUAACAAUAACAAAGAAAUAAAGAAUGAAAUUGGAAAGACAGAAAUCUGCCAUGGAAUAUCCAAACGAUGCGAAAUCGGAUUCUUAUCUUACCAGGAAGUUGAAAAUCCAAAAAAUAUUACGGUUGGAAGUAUGCUGAAGACUCCUGUUUUUCCUAUUUGGGUGGUUUUUACAAGUGAAAAGGCUGGUGUUCUAUACUGCAGAAAGAGACAGCUUUUGAGUGAUUGGAAGCUUGAGAGGAGAUUUGAUCUACACUACCACGGAAGAAUGCCUCGUCAUCUGUCAAUCCCUCAUGAAGAUAUCAGACUAACAAUCGAUACAGUGCGUCCUUUUGACCCAGAGGAAACUGAGUACGAAUUCAACUCUGAGCUAGAAGACACUAUCAGGACAAAAUGGCAAGAUUGUGUUAUCGAGUGGAACAAUUAUCAACGUUUUUAGAAUUCGUUCAGCGUAAUUGAUACAGCAUUGCGAAUCAAAUCCUGAAACAUUUGCUAUUGACCAUCUACUGCUUGUUCAAAGAGGUACUAUUUUGCAAAACAACAUCACAUAAUUUUAAACGAUUUUUAAGGGUUUUAUUAGCUGAGCUUUGCCCCUAAAACUCUAAGCCCGUAGUCAAAAAACGCUCUGUCCAUAGCAAAUGAAUCAUAUAACUGAUUGAUGCAUUCAUACAAAAAAUCCAUUGUUUCUUUAAAGAAUCGAGAUUCAUACCGGUAUUGGGCUUAAAGACUUGGAACCCAGAAAAAUUUGGGUCGGUUAACUGUGAGGCCCGUGUCAAAGUUUCCCCUCCGAAUCAAAAUAUUCAAAACUGAAUAUUGUAAAGCUAAGGUAGUGUUACUGUAAACAUGUAGGUUUUAUAUUAUGUUUUCUACUGUAUUAUCAACUCGUGCUCGUUGUUGGGAAAUAAUCCUCUCUCUUUAAAACAUAGUCAGGUAUUUUUCAUCUUGGAAAAAGCUUUGGAGAGUUUCCCCUCUAUAUUUUUGUUGUAGUUUGUCAUUGAAUUGAAAAUACUUUUAUAAUAUGUAGAUACUUUUAAAAUGCAUAGAAAAUUGAGUGUUGAGAUUGUAAACACACACAAGUGAAAUGCCCUGGAAAAAUUCUGUUUUGCUGAACAGGGGAGGCUUUGAAUUAAGAAUGAGCGCUGAUUUUUCGUGUCACAUAAACGGUUAAAAAGACUAUUUGAACUUUGUUUAAAUUUGUUCAUUUUCUGGAAAUCUACCAAAAAUCUUUCAGGGGUUCAGAAAUCCUUAACAAGAUACCCAUUAUUUGAAGAUUCCUUUUCAUCGUACAAAUGUAAAAGUGCACCCCUGUUGGACAUAGGCUUUGGAACCCUUUUAGGAUCUUUAAGGCUCUUCAGAGUCGUGUUUUAUAAGCCUAUCAGUCUUUGACUAUUUUAGACUAGCUUAAAAAUGCAAUGAACUGAAGCAUUUUUAUUCACUAGCGAUGUCCCUACUAAGUACAGCAAUGGGCUGCAGAAACUCGGGUGGGUCUGGAGGUAAUUACCUCCCUAAAUAUCGCUUGAUUGUUAGUAUAAAUUCAUAUUGCUAAACUGGAAAAUAAGUCUUUAAUUUUUAGAAGUGUAGAACUAGAGUUUGAAAGCCUUUUUUCUCGCUGUUUGAUCUUCCCAGUGAAUAGGAAAACUUCCAUCUUAGCAUUAGGAAAGUCAAAGCACCCUGUUUUCCUUAAAUCAGGCCAUUGAAUUGUUGUAAAUCAGUUUACCUUUUAAGGCUUUAACGUGUUUAGAUUGCUAUUUCCGUCCAUAUGUACAUCGUUAUAGCUAAGAAAGAUGUUAUUUUGGGUUUAUAACAAAGGACAAAAUAAUGUUGUGAAUAGUAUUAACUUUUGUAUUGAAGUUUUUUAGAAUUCGUGAUCUUAUUGUCAAUGCAUCAGACGUGAAUCGAUGUAACAGGUUUCAAUAAUAUAAAUUUGAUAAUAUUGGGUUUGGAGUUUCUUGUAUGGUUGUAUAAUAAGUUUAGAGUUGUGUUAUAUGUACAUUAUUCUUGCAAGAAAAUCUUUCAAAGAAAAGUUUUUUUUCAUCAAUUUUUUGUAAUUUUGUCGGUGUUUUUCAGUUUACAUUGGUAGCAGUGUAGGCUAAAGCCAAACAACACUAGAACACUAGAAACUGUGCAUCCAAGAUCUACUUGUACACCUUCUGUAAGGAACACAGGCUGAAAUUAUUUUUGUGCUUAUUUGGUAAGAAUACUGCAUUCUGAUUUCAAGCUAAACAUUUGUUGAAAUCUGGCUAUUCCAGUAUCUUUGCUGGAAUCGAGUUCAUCGUUUCUUUGAAAAUCUACAUUUGAUAACAUUGCUACAAUCUAGCUCAAUAUUCUAGCAAAAUGAUAUGGGCAAUGGCUCAAUUAUUCAAUGGAUACGUAGGUUAAGUCUGACCUAUAAU